CUACGAUUAUCCCCGCAUGAGCUUUGAUGAACCGAUGGGAUAGCUAGGUUGGGUUCACUGUACAUGCAAGCCAGGGCCAGAUUCUUUCUCGCCGAUAAAAGCACGCCGUCUGCCACUGGGGACUAAAUGUUUGCGUAAUGGUAAAUCUAUAGUCAACCGGCUCUUUCAUCAGAAACUUGCACAAAUACACGUCGAAACCUGUCAAAAUGGCGUCCGACUCUAUGCCACCAGACUUCUACGUCAAGGCCCUUCAAUUCACAAAGAAGGCCUACAGAGAUGAAUACCCAGCUAUCAAACCAGAGAACCCAGAGCUUUCUCUCGCCGGUAAAGUUAUUGUGAUCACCGGCGCGAGCCGCGGCAUCGGUGGCUGGGGAAUUGUACCGGCAUUCGCGAGAGCUGGAGCGAAAGCCCUCGUUCUUGUGGCCAGGGACGAGAAGAAGCUCACAGACGUCGCGGCCAAGGUCAAGGAGCUCAACUCCAAUGUCGAAACACUCGUCUAUCCCGUCGACAUGACAGACGAAGCAGGCGUCAAGGCCCUCUUCGAAAAGGUCAACGCAACGUACGGCCACGCAGACGUCCUGGUCAACAACGCCGCCGUGCAGAAAUCUCUCGAGCUCAUCACAAACAGCGAUCCGAAACUCUGGAUGGAAGACCUGACCACCAACAUCAGCGGAACCUUCUACCCAACUUUUCAUUUCCUCAAAUCCCUCCCCUCGACCUCGCACGCCCACAUCAUCAACAUCACCACGAUAACCCACUGGGUCGUGCCCACCAUGAGCUCCUACAUCAUCGCCAAGCUCGCGACGCAGCAGCUCAACGCCCACGUCGCCGCCGAGCACCCGUACAACGUCACCACCGUCUCGGUGCACCCGGGCAUGGUCCACACCGACAUGACCAUGGACCGGUUCCGCCCCUUUGCGCACGAUACCCCCGCGCUCGUCGGCGGGACGGCCGUCUGGCUUUGUUCGGAGCAGGCGCGGUUCCUGAAUGGGAGGUUUGUCGCGACCAAUUGGGAUGUCAAGGAGUUGAUGGAGCGGAAGGCGGAGAUUGAGGAGAAGAGAUUGCUGCAAAUUGAUUUGAAUGGGCAAUUUGGGGCGCAGCAGUUCGAGUAAGAGAGGUUGGUUCAGCACGAGAGUGCUUGGGAAUAUUGAGUUAGGAUCAGUCAACGCCGACGAAUGUGUGGGAGAGUGAUUCAAAAUGAACA